AUGCCCUUCACCGAUGACGCGGUACCACCAACCGCGCGUCGUUCGUUCGAUUCGCUGACUUCCUCGACGUCCGCCGACGCCGUCGCGCGCCUCACCUCGCCUCGCCUCGCCUCGCCGCAGGCUGUCGCGCCCGUCGCGUACGAGAGGUCGUACGAAGUCGUCUGCGAGGGUUUAUGUUGGACCGCGCUCGGCGCGCGGCAGUACUCGAUGCUUCGCGGGAACAAGGUGUGGUUGCCGUUGAGACCGAUAACGAUGGUGAUGAGUAUGAUCAUGUUGAGGUUCGAGUUCUCGAAGCAGGCGAAGUGGUUCAUCUUUCGAAACGUCGUGGACUCGUGCGGGCACGCGGGUCGGCAUUACGUGGAGGGCGGCGGCGGCAGCGCCAACGCGUACGUGCGGUGUCUGAACCGGCAGAUCCCGAUGUGCGUCGUGAAGAUCGUCUUCGGGCUCGCGUUUCAUUGGUGGAUAGAGCGCAGAGAUAAGGUCAGGUUCCUUCAGAAGUACUCCGUCGUGGACGCGCGCCUCGUGGCCGCGGUCAGAGAACGCGAGCGAGACAGAGAUCGCGGCUGCGCGGACGCGUUCGGCGAGGAUGAUUUUUUCGGACGAGGACUCGGGAAGAGGGUCAGCGCGGGCGCGAUAGUCGUCGCCGUGACCUUGUACGCCAUCGAACACUUGAACGCGGGCACCUAG